AUGGUCGCGCGCGGUCAACAGGAGGCCGGCAAGAAAGCGGCAGACAAGGGGCCUAAACCAACGCCACGCAAGCGUGUUUCUACAGUGAACAAAGCUGCGGAUGGUGCCUCUGCUGGAACCGAGCCCGGUCCGAGUAAAGACGGCACCACUGGCGGCAACGAAGAUCCGGGGCGAGGGAGCGCGAGUCUUGCACUCCCGUCGGCGGAGAUGGAGGGUUCGGCGACAGGGGGAAAUCACGGAGGCGAUCCUCGCGCCGAGCAUGCCGCAACCAAGGAGUCCGAGGAGGCGGCAACGCAACACCAUCUGACGCUGCUCCACCCGAGCGUGGUCGAAGUUUCUGCAGCCGUGCUGGAUAAGGACAAGGUGGCACAGCACGAGUCGGUGGGGCUGGUCGGUGGCUCUCCUCCUUCUGGUGGACGGGGAAGGCGUAGGCAAAGGAAGAGCGAUGGGGAGGAGGAUGAUGACACCGCCUGUGCCCGGGGACCUCACCACGCGGGCGAAGAGGCGCCAUACGACAGAGGAGGAGGAGGAGGAGGAGGAGGAGGAGGAGGAGGAGGAGGAGGAGGAGGAGGAGGAGGAGGAGGAGGGGGGGAUGAGGAGGAGUUCCAGGGUGACGAGGAGGAGGAGGAGGAGGAGGAGGAGGAGGAGGAGGAGGAGGAGGAGGAGGAGGCAUCAGAGAAGGAGGAGGAGGAGGAGGAGGAGGAGGAGGAGGAGGAGGAGGAGGAGGAGGAGGAGGAGGAGGAUGUGGCGCCAGGGAAGAGACGGGGCGGGCGUGGCGGUCGGGUGAGUGGGACAGGGAAGGAGGGGGGCCGGACUCGCCCUUCCCGAAAACGCGGGGCAGGUGACGCUGCGCGCGGCGAAGCAGCGGGCAAACCGAAGGCGCGUAAGGUGAAGGUCGAAAGUGAAGGGGUUGGUAAAAAGCAAGGGAGCCAGGGUGCAAAAGGGGAUGGAGGAGGAAAGGGUGGCCGCGCCAAAGGGGUUCGAGUGGGUACCGGCAAGAAGGAACCUGCCGGUGAAAGUGAGGAGCACGAGCAGUUUGUUACACGGGAGGAGUUCCAGGCGCUGCGGUCUGAGAUGUACGCCAUGUUUGCACAGCUCGGCCUGCGUCGUGGAGUACCUGCCAGCUAUGCCGGCGGGUCGGCAGCCCUGCCUAUGGCUGGUACCCCGCCGCCGAUGAGCGCCGUGGACAAGGCACGAGUGCUGGUGUUGCAGGAGACAAACCCAUUCCCGGUAUGUGGCGGGCCAAAUGGGGCGGGUUGGGGUUGA